AUGCGGCCCCGCACGCUCCACACGCUGCGGGCGGAGACGCGAAUCCCUGCCGCGAGCAAUCCCCUCGGAGACGGCGCCGACACCGCCUUUCCCGUCAGACCGAAUUUCAAAGGAGCCAGCGCAGCGCCGAGCCCAACGCGACACGCGCCAGGUGUCGGUACAGGCUCCGGAGAAAGAGAGAGAGGCCCGAGGAGAGAAAGAAGUGAAGUUGCAACUGACCCGAACGGCGGGGGCGAACACCAAGCGAACCAACAGGAGAAUGAAACGGAGGAGGCGCACGAGAGAGAGGAAGUGAUUGCUAGCCGGUUGAGCGGAAGUUAUGCAGCCUCAUCACUUCCACUCGCCGACGUCUCUGUGACCCUCUCCAACGCGGAGGAACUGAGAGUCAUUGAAGAACUCGAAACGCAGGAGAGGAAGGCGAAGGCGACUCAGAUCCAAGCGGCGAUGCAAAGGCUGUGCCGACUAGUCAUUUCCCGCUCGGCCGCCGCGGACGGGCAGGAAAUGACUGCACACGCCAUGAGUCAGGCGGCCGCGCCUUCGCAUGUGGAAAAGCUCCUGCUUGCCGAAGAGCGCGCCCCCGAGAGCAACGACGGAAGCGAAACGGAUGGCGAAGAGACGCGCGAAGGCAACGGGUGCGGCGCGGCGGAACGCGUGGCAGACGCCGAGGGAAAGAUACAGCGGAGCCAUGGUAGCCGCAUGCAAGCAGAGACGUCCAAGGGGCAAAAGCGCGAAAAAGAGCUACGGCGCACGCAUAUGCGGAGUCAGUUUGGGUGGAUCUCGUCGGCGAUAGAUUUGCAGACGCUAAUGAACGACGCCGAAUUCGCGGACGCAGUCCACGUCCUCGCCGCCAUGGAGUGCCCCGUGAUCAUUCGCACAAAGAAACUACACCAGCAACUCGUCCCACUUUCGCACGGCAGCACUGCGCGCAUUCGCCAGGCUUCGAAGAAACUCCGCGAGGCGCUCGGAAUUCCCGAAGUUAUCGUUUGCCGAGGCUGCGCGAAAAAGAGUAAAUGCCCGAUCUACCGCCAGCCGCCUCUUCGCCUGCGGAGCUCGGAAGGCCGCGUAACCACCAAGGAUCUCCUCUACGUCCUCUUUGGCCAAUACAUGGUGUGCCGUCUGUACACCCGCGGCGUGGAUUCGAAGACGGUGUGGGCAGAGAGCGACGAGCGAACGGCUUACAGCAAAAUUCUCUCCGUUUCGCUUUUGCCCUCGACGAUGAAUGCGCACGACCUAGACAUGGGUCUCCUCGCGAUUGAAAAGCUCACUGAAAGAGUUGCAGAAAAAAUCCAAGAAGAACGUCGCAAAGCGACUCGCAUCGCCGAGGCCGCUCAACGCGCAGGACUGGGGGACGAGUUGCAGUUCAAUCCCCUUUCGCUGAAGGCGUUUCGCGCUUUCAUUGAAGACGGCCAGGCGCGAAGAAGCGAACGGCAGGAGAAAAUGAAGGAGGCUCGGGACGAGCCGGAGCCCGACUGCCCCGUAGAGGAGCGCGUGGUCUGGGUGCACGAAAGCGAAGACGCUGGAGCUUGUGAAGCGAACGAUGGAGACGACGAGACGUCGCAGAAGACGCAGGAAGAAGAAGACGCUCAGAAGGCCAUUGCUGCGGAAACAGAUGCGACCUUCCAGGCGCUUGAACCUCUGCGCGAUGGGCCGGAGCCGCCGGUGCUUCUUCCGGUCCCCCACGGGGGGUACUCCGCUGUCCCUCUUUCGUCCUUUUCAUCUGAGGACGACACGCAUCCGCUGCUUCGCGUCGAUCCGAAGUCUCUGAAGGGCGUCGCGGUGUAUCGGCAUCUCUCGGUGCGGCAAAUGGUGGAGAGCCAGCAGCGGAUCGAUCGGCUGUGGCGCACAGCCGCGCUGUUCGAGGACCUCCCGGUCAUUCAUCGCAUCUCGGCCCGCGAGGAGUUGGCCGAUCAAUCCUCAGGCGACCCUGCGUCUCUCCUCGCGAGCCUCCCACGCCUGCCGCGAAAUGCGCGCGCCCACCUGCGAGAGCUGGAGAGGGCUCGAGAAGAAGAUCGUCAGAAGGAAAGUCUGGCAGAAGGCGACCUGCGGCCUGCGCAAGGAGACGCACGCGCGCGGCGUGGCUUUUGGGAGGUCCGACCCCCCCCCGAUCGCACCAAGCUGCUGGAGAACGCACCCGAAGAGCGGAUCUCAGGGGCGUUGUCAGAAGGAGACACGUGGAGCAGACGACAAGGCGAGACGAAGGCUGGACAAACGGACGCGUUCGGGAAGCGUGGGAAGGGAUCCGUGCUCGCGGGCGACAAGCUGCACGGAGCAGGGAGAGAGCGAGAAAGAGAACCCGACGCAGGACCAACACCCAAGGCGAACUCACUGCAGGGCGCACCGCUCCCAGCACCGGCGUCGACUGGGGAGGUGCGGUGCCUCAGCGAGGCGCUGCCCGAAUGGCUGCAGAGAGAAGAAGAAAGGUGGAGAAGCGAGAAAGCACUGGCAGUGCAGAGCGACGCGACGGACGAGGAAGGCGAGGACGGACGAGCAAGCGCGCCGCGAGGAGCGAGGAGAGCGCGCGUCGGCGAGUCAAAAGAAGACGGCAACGAGAAAGGCCCGGAGGCAGCAGAGUUGCUCAGAGCGCGAGAGGCAAGGGAGACGCGCGACGAAGAAGAGAACGACGACGCCCUGGACGAAGCGCUGUUUGGAGAGGAACGGCGUCGAUCGCGUGAACUGUGGAGAGCAGCGCGGAGAGACAGAACGGCCGACGCAAGGAAGCAAGACAUCGAACGGGCGGUCCAGACCCCGCCGUCAGUUGACGCCAUCCAGGCGCAGGCGAAGAGCCUUCGCCGCGCUGCCACAGACGGAGACCUAGGGCGUGCGCGGGGACGAAGUCGCCGCAGGACUGUUUCGGAAAUGCUGGAAGAUGCUGACGCCGACGAGAAACGCUUUCAGCGCUGGCAGGCGGCGCGCCGCCAGGCGCAGGAGGGGACUGCGGAGAGGGCCGAAGCGAGCGCGGCGGGUUUCGAACAAACUACGUGGGGACGAGGCGAACGCGAGGAGACGGAGACCGACUUCGAACUGUCGAAGCGCCGAGCGCCGCACGAACCCGCCCACCAGCAAGCACACCACGUGAACCUCGACCAAGAUGAACCGUUCCAUAUGCUCGACGAAGGAGGCGGCAUUCGCGUUUCUGGAACGCGCGGAGGCGACCUCCGGUUUGCUGGCUCGAAGUACACAGUCGUCGACGGCACUCCUGCGACGUCGCGUGUGCCCGCCGAGGCGUCUGCAUCGUCUUUUGCGUCUUCGCCGGCGUCUCUUCCGCUGCUGUCGCCGCUGGACAUGCAUGCGCGAGCGGCAGGCGAGAGGCAGCCCAGCGAGGACGGGCGAGCGCUGCAGGAACUCGACUCGCUCGACGAGACGGCGCUGGAGGUUUUUGUGAAGCCGGGGCGUCUCGAGAAGAAGGUGAAAGGGGUGAGGCCGCAAGCGUCUCGGCUCGACGUCCGGGAAGGAGCGCAGGGACCGUCUGCUUCAGAAGUUCCCGAGGAGGCACCCGAGAGAAUCGAGCGACUGGCGAGCCGGAGACAAGGCGAGGCAACGGGGAGUCGAGGCAGCGCUAGACAGAGAAAGGAAGCGAGCGACGGCGGAGACGCAGUUGACGCACAGUAUGGGGCGUCCCUGAGGGCCGGGGCGGGCGAGGAAGAUGCGAGGACUCAGGCGACGAGAGACGACGCCGAGACGGACGAAGAUGCAGAGGACUUUGUCUUCCGGACCAACUUCCGGGUUCCUCUUGAAAGCGACGGAGGCCGCCCUCUUGGCGUCGAUCGCGAGGAAGUCGCACGCAGCCACAUGGACAUGGCACGCAUGCAGAAAACGUGGCGACAGAACGAAGACUUUUUGAUUACGCGGAACGUGUUGUACCCUAAGUUCGUCGACCUGUCUCAGGACGCGUACGGGGCGCACUCACCAGAAGGGAAGGAAGCGCGGAAGCAACAACUCGCAGCGAACCGAGCAAACACGCGAGCGAGCUCUCUGGGCUCUCCAACUCGGCGCAUGCCUGUCGCUGGGCUGAUACAGGCCACACUUCCAGAUGUGACUGGAUUGAUGAAGAAGGAGGGGAACGCAGGCGAAGGAAAGGGUGAAGACGCCGGAAGGCAGAAGGAAGAGAGCCUGCGAAGGCGGAAACGUGCGGGCUUCAGCCAGGAGGCGGAGGACGAGAAAAGGGAGAGGGCUGAGGCAGAGGAAGAAGCAAGCUUUCGCAACAAGUACGGAGUUGUAAAAGACAUGGCGAAAGUGUACAACGACAGGGUCAAGAACAACCAGAUGGGCGGCACGGUUGUCAACCCCGUCAUAACAGAACUACAGAGAAGCGAAACUCUCAAUCGGCUCAUCCAGAAGAAAGCGGCCGCUCGCGAGGGACGGCGACGAACGCAUCAGACAAAGGCGAAAGCGAUGGCGAAGUCAAAGCUCGACGAGAUUCUCAGGCGCCCGCCUGUAUCCAGCAGGACAGACGCCUGA